UGCUCUGAAUCUUGCUAGGCAGGAGAAGAAGUUCUCUCUCUAUUCAAGAUGUGUGCAGUCCUUGGGUUUCAGUACAGUGAAAUGGGUCCCUUUGGUUUUCUUCUCUGCUCUUACCAAAACCUCCCACCCUUUUGUGUUUUUCUUCUCUCUCAUUGGCAGUGUGUUGGUAAUGGUUGGUGAGAUGCAGCCUGCUGAGUUCUGCAGCUGUCAGUCAGGUUGCAGAUAUUUGGGUGGUUGGCCAUCAGUGUAAGAUGUUGCUUUUCCCACUCUCUGGAGCCGAGGUUGACAUUCACAAAAUGUUCUUGGCUUUCACGUCUCCCUCUUGCUUCCGCUGUGAUAGCAGUACAUAAUGGAGCACUACCCACCACUGAGUGGUUUCAAGGCUUUUGGAGAACUAUAGUAGUUUCUUUCUUGACAGAAAUCACUGUUAAUUGUAAGAUAAAAUGUCUCUCAGAGCCAGCUGGCCUGUCCUGAAAAUGUUUCUUUUCCAGAAGAAGCAACCACGAAUUCUACAGGUGAGUUUCUUGUACCUAAAGAGGCUGUGUUUGAGAUAUUGUCCUUUUGUUCCCGUUCAGCCGUGGUACCUUCACGUUGGGUCAACCAAAUGUGUCCUGGAUCGUAAUGCCUAUAGGUUUGGACAGCAAAGCACCGCCACCUGCUUUUGUUCCUGCUUCUGCUGCUUGCAGGAACAGCAUGAGCUGAUGGCAGAAGGACAGAUGGGGAGGACCCCAGUGUGUUUCUGGGAGUGGAUGUGUUUAGCAUAGAUGGGAUUUCGUAUCCAAACCUCUGUGGUCUUCCCUUCGUGGCGUUUGUUUGGCUGAGUGACGCAUGGCUCACAUUAAUGAUGGAGUUCAUGGGUACCAAGGUUCUUGGAGUGUUGUUCUGGCAGUGCGUGCCUGCCUGCAAGAAGAGGCAAGGGCUUGACAUGUGGUGAGCAGCUGGAAAAAAUAGCUCUUCAUCGAGGUGCAGGGAGAGUGCUUGGGAGCUGUGGUUGCGCCAUGCCUUUUCAGCUUUCUUGGAGGAUUGGUUGCUGGGCUGGAUUUCCCGAAGGGAAGACUGCCCUGGAUUUCCUGAACUCUUUGGAGCCUGUUUCAUGAAGGUCUGAGUACCUUGGCCUUGGGCUUUUGUCUCUGAUGGCGGUGGAUUGUGUUCUGAUGUGGCAGAGCUGUUCUUUGCCAUGUGAUGGCCUUGCUGUGUUGUUCGCUGGAUCCUUGAGAGGACUGUAUGCAAGGAAGAAGCAAGCAUGUAAGCGAGAAAGAAUGGAAAGAAGGAAGAGAUGGUAUGGGAGAUGACCAGCAUCACCGCCGUUAUCUCUGCAUGCCGAAUGGAGGUGAGGAGCUCGGCAUCCUGGGUGCUCCAAGGCGCUGUGCAAGGCUUGAUGAAAGGUGGAGGAAGAGGAGUGGGAGCUCAUGCCUUAGGGCAUGUCCGUGCUGCAUGGGGUGAGGGUGACGUAGUCAUCUAGAAAAGAUGUUGGUGAAGGAGCCAAGGAAGAGACAAAGAGAGGACAGGGACGAGAAGGUGGAAGAAGAGCAGGAAGGAAGGAAAAAUGUAGAGAAAGUGAAGGAAACGAGAACGAAGCAAGCAACAGAGAGAAAGAAGAUAAAGGAUGAUAAGAUGGAUGAGUUUAUUAGCAUGCCCGAUCGCUCUGGAUUGCUGGACACAGAAAGGCGGGGAGGGACAUAAAGGGAGAGAUAACGAAAGGAGGAAAGAGCGGAAGAGAGGAAGUGAGUAAGGAAGGAAGAAAGAUGACAAAGACGGGAAUGAUGAAGAAACCUUAAAGCAGAUGACCAGGGCGCGCCGAUGUUACCUUGCAGGAGUAUCGCAGAAGGAAGGUGAAAGAGGAGGAAGAAAACUAUGGGAGUAAAAAGCAAGGAAGAAGGGAAGGGCUGAUGAGAAGAUGUCCAGGACGGGACGACAUCACCUGUAGACGCUGAACGGCUUCGGUCCCUAACAGCCUCCGCCUUGGUUAGUGUCCCUCUCUCCGGCACCGGUGGCCGGUAAUUAGCGCUGAUGGCCCGCAAUUAGCGCGGACGGCCCCGGCAUUGAGGGCCACCGCCGCGGCGGUGAGGGGACUGGCGGUGUGCCAGCGUGGGGUAAAGGAGGGAGCAUGGUGGAAAAAGAAGGGAAAGGGGCGUAAAGGAAAGGGCACGGAAGGCAAGAACGAAAAGGAUAAGGGAGAGAAGGAGGAGGCGGAAGAGGCGGAAGGAGAAAAGAGCAGAAAGAGAAGAAAGGAACGAGGCAAGAGAAGGGAAGAAAAGGAAUUGUGGGAAGAAAGAAGGGGACCGUACGAAAUGAAACGUCAGAAGGAGGAGGAAGAGGAGGAAGGCAGGCAUGCAAGCCAAAGGCAGGCAGUGAGGAGAAGGACAGCAAGAGGAAGAGGCGGGAGGAGCAGCCGAGCGAGCGGUGGGAGGUGGCCGGCGCGGGUCCGCGGUCGCUGUCGGGGAGCGUGCGAGGCGGCGGAGCAGCACACGGUGUCGCUGCAGGCUCAGGGACGGCGGCGGAGCGGCGCGUCGGCUCCGCCCCGGUGCGGCGGAGAGCCCGGCUGUGAGCGCGGGGGGGGCGGCGCGGCGCGGUGCGGUCAGCAGAGCCGGCGCGUCCGGGCGGCGGCGGGGAGCCGUGCGGGGCCCGUGCGGGAAGGGCGGCGGGUGCGAUGGGCGUGUGGUGGGCGCCCGCGGUGCGGGUGCUGGUGCUGCAGGCGGCCUGGGCGCUGGGCGGCGGGCAGGUGCGCUACUCGGUGCCGGAGGAAGCCAAGGCCGGGACGGUGGUGGGCCGCCUGGCGCAGGACCUGGGCCUGGAGGCGGGCGAGGCGGAGGCGCGGCGGCUGCGGCUGGUGGCGCAGGGCCGGCGGGCGAGCGUGGAGGUGAGCGGGGCGAGCGGGGCGCUGGUGGUGAGCUCGCGGCUGGACCGGGAGGAGCUGUGCGGGAAGAGCGCGCCGUGCGCCCUGCGCCUGGAGGUGCUGGUGGAGCGGCCGCUGCGCGUCUUCCACGUGGAGCUGGAGGUCACCGACAUCAACGACAACGCCCCGCUCUUCCCCGCCGCCCGCAAAAACCUCAGUUUACCGGAGAACUCCCCUCCUGGGUCCCGGUUCCCGCUGGAGGGCGCGUCGGAUGCAGAUAUCGGAGCCAACGCGCAGCUCUCCUAUGCGCUCAGCCCCAACGAGCAUUUCGUCGUGGAAGUGAAAUCCAAAGACGAAAAGAAGAUCUCCGUUAUCCUAGUAUUAACGAAACUGCUGGACCGCGAGUCGGUGGCUGUGCACCGUCUGGUGCUGACGGCGAGUGACGGGGGCCGGCCGCCGCUGACGGGCACGGUGGAGCUGGUGAUUUCGGUGCUGGACGCCAACGACAACGCGCCCCAGUUCAACCAGUCGGUAUAUAAAGCGCAGCUGCCGGAGAGCGCUGCUCCGGGAACUGUGUUUUUCAAGCUAACGGCGACAGACAAAGAUGAGGGGAUAAAUGGAGAGAUAUAUUAUUCGUUUAUCGAUGCGAUUUCGUCCAGAAUUCAGGACAUUUUUAUAAUUGAUAGAAAAGAGGGGGUUAUACGGACUGCCCGUGCCCUGGAUUUCGAGGACGUUCAGUCGUAUGACCUGGAGAUCGAAGCGAGAGACAAAGGCUGGCCGCCGCUGUCGGGUCACUGCAGCGUGGAGCUGGAGGUGCUGGACGUGAACGACAACGCGCCGGAGGUGUGGGUGACGUCGCUGUCGGUGCCGGUGCCGGAGGACGCGGCGGUGGGGACGGUGGUGGCGCUGCUGAGCGUGUCGGACCGGGACUCGGGGGCGAACGGUCGCGUGCGGUGCGCGGUGUGGCCGGCGUCGCCGUUCGGGCUGGUGGCGACGUUCGCGGGCUCGUACUCGCUGGUGCUGCGGGAGGCGCUGGACCGCGAGCGGGUGGCGGAGUACGAGGUGGAGGUGCGGGCGGAGGACGGCGGGGCGCCGCCGCUGCGCGCCAGCCGCGGGGUGCGCGUGCCGGUGUCGGACGUGAACGACAACGCGCCGGCGUUCGCGCAGGCCGUGUACACGGUGCUGGCGCGGGAGAACAACGCGGCGGGCGCGGAGCUGGCGCGGCUGUGGGCGCGGGACCCGGACGAGGCGGGCAACGGGCGCGUGAGCUACUCGGUGGCGGAGGGCGGCGGCGGCGCGGUGUCGGGCGGGGUGUGGCGGUCGGCGUCGAGCUACGUGUCGGUGGACGCGGAGAGCGGUCGGCUGUGGGCGCUGCAGCCGCUGGACUACGAGGAGCUGCAGGUGCUGCAGUUCGAGGUGCGGGCGGUGGACGCGGGGGAGCCGCCGCUGUGCGGCAACGCGACGGUGCAGCUCUUCGUGGUGGACGAGAACGACAACGCGCCGGCGCUGCUGCCUCCUGCCGGCGGCGGGCCGGGCCCCGGGGCCGCGGGCGAGGCGGCGUCGGGGCCGGGCUCGGGGGCGCUGUGGGCGUGGGCGGCUGGGGGGGCGCCGGCGGGGCAGGUGGUGGCGAAGAUCCGCGCGGUGGACGCGGACUCGGGCUACAACGCGUGGCUGCGCUACGAGCUGUGGGAGCCGCGGGGGAAGGGCCCGUUCCGCGUGGGGCUGUACAGCGGCGAGGUGAGCACGGCGCGGGCGCUGGAGGAGGCGGACGGCCCGCGGCAGCGGCUGGUCAUCGUGGUGCGGGACCACGGGGAGCCGGCGCGCUCGGUCACGGCCACGCUGAGCGUGUCGCUGGUGGAGGGCGCCGAGGCGGCUCUGGCGGCCGCGGGCUCGUCAGGGCCGGGGCUCCGUGCGGCGGCGGGCGCGGAGGGCGACGCGGCGGCGUCGACGAACGUGUGGCUGGUGGUGGCCAUCUGCGCGGUGUCGAGCCUGUUCCUGCUGGCCGUGGUGCUGUACGGGGCGUCGCGGUGGGCGCCGCGGGCGGCCGUGCUGUCGGGGCCCGGGCCGGCGACGCUGGUGUGCGCCAGCGAGGUGGGGAGCUGGUCGUACUCGCAGCGCCAGAGCCGGAGCCUGUGCGUGACGGACGGCGCGGGCAAGAGCGACCUGAUGGUUUUCAGCCCCAACUUCCCGCCGCCGCCCGGCCCCGCGGCGAAGGAGACGCAGCCGCAGCCGCCCGCUCUGCUGGAUACGGUCAGUGCCCCCCCCCUUCCCCGCCCCUUCCCGCGACGCCCCUGCCCCUCUGUCGCCCUUGUCGCCCGCCCCCCUGGCCGGCGGUGGCCGUGCUCAGUCCCCGAUGCCCGAGGGUGGUGGUCGCUGAGCAGGUGCUGGAGGCUCCUGACGGGACCGUUGCACCUGCCUUUGUGUCCUUGCCGGAGCCCCUUGACUCUUGGGGUACGGGAGGAAUGAAGAUCUGGCCGCACCCUGCAGCAGUUCUUGUCCACAGCUGAGGUUUGCUCAUCAGCGUUUGGGUUUUUCUGUCAGAGGCUGGAAUGAACGCCAUUGCUGUUUAGAGCUGUUGCGACAUGACCUUUAGGAAGAGUAUUGCUCCCAGGGCUGCCCCAUUUCCCUCUGAGCUGGCUGAGGCAUUGCCGAGCAUGAAGAGUCCGCAGUAGAGCAUCUGCCCCAUACUGUGUGUGUGAUGCCUUUCUGUGUUCUUUAUGUUGCUGUCAUUGAUGGGAAGGGUAAGCCAAAGUAGGUUUGAGACCUGAGGUGGGAAA